AUGAGGGGAACCGUGGGUUGGCGUGACACCAAUGCACCUGAUUGCGAAGACUGGAGCAUCUUGACUCCGGUUUUCCUGUAUCUGAUACUUGCUGGCUGCAACUUCCGCUUCAUCAGGUGGCUACGGCUAUCCCACCCAACCGGUGGAUUCGAUUACAAGAUGACUGUCGGUCGGACAUUGACCGUUGCCUCUUCCGGCUACAUGCGCAGCUUUCGACGUAGCCGAUCGCUCCUUGAGUACAUGGAUACCGAAGAUGCCAAACUCGCCCAUGGAACUGGGACGCACAAUCUCGAUUUAGAAACAUUUAAUGAGGGUGGAAGUGGACACAACCAGGAGUUGAGUGCCUAUUUGGUCAAGGUCUAACAUCGACGUGACAACUAAGUAUCUAGCCUCGCAGCCGAGUACAUUUGACCGCAUGCUGCGAUCCGCUUCCGCGCAACCUAUCAUGGAUUUCAUGAUUAGGAGAAACCGUACAGUGGACGGUGGGCACGGAACACCAAGAGCUGGAUUCAAACCAGAAGACCGAAAUCCCCGAGAACCACGGAAGAGAAAAAGAAAAAAUAAAAUAAAAGAGGAGCAACAUCGCGACGAGGAACCUAACUGUGGAACCGUCCCGGUAAACCCUCCGACGUCUUGACCCGAAGGAGCAGGUUGACAGUGACAGCUGGGGGAUUCGUCAAAAAACGGUUUAACCCGGCGCAUCAUUGCUGGACUAGGCUUGGGGGCGCUGCUGCAUGCCGACCGGUUGGGAAUCGUCUGGAGUUAUCUAACGACCUUAGCCUGACUCUGACUGACCAGCAACCAGCCAUCUGGUCUCCUGGUCUGGGUCAAGCCAUUAUUGCUCCGUACUUUCCCUACUG